CAACACAUUUAGAUACCACCAGGUAGCUGUAGAGUGCUUGUUUUAUUUCAGAUAAGCAGCGAUGUUUGAGUUAAGAGCCAGCAUAGCUCUCAGACAACUUUCAUCUUGAAAGUCGAGGUUUACUCUUGAUGGCUUUGGUCUUUCGUGCUUGGCAACCUUGCUUAAGUGAUACAAUCAGAGGUGGUUUGAGGAAUCAUUCUCUGACCAAGAAGGCACUGAUAGACUGAAAGGGCUACUCCUGAGUCUGCCUGUCCGAAGAUUAAUUGAAAUACCAUAAGUAAGGCAGCAUCAGAAACUGAAGGCAGAAUAAGCUUCAUUUUAUC